GAGGCUAUGGGCAGCCAGGAGGUGCUGGGCCAGGCUGCCCGGCUGGCCUCCUCGGGUCUCCUGCUGCAGGUCUUGUUUCGAUUAAUCACCUUUGUCUUGAAUGCAUUUAUUCUUCGCUUCCUGUCAAAGGAGAUUGUGGGCAUAGUGAAUGUCAGACUAACACUGCUUUACUCAACUACUACCUUCCUGGCCAGGGAGGCCUUCCGAAGAGCUUGUCUGAGUGGGGGUGCCCAGCGGGACUGGAGUCAGACCCUCAACCUUCUGUGGCUAACUGUCCCCCUGGGUAUAUUUUGGUCCUUAUGCUUGGGCUGGGUCUGGUUGCAGUUGCUUGAAGUGCCUGAUCCAAAUGUGGUCCCUUACUAUGGAACUGGCGUGCUGCUCUUUGGUCUCUCAGCAGUCGUGGAACUUCUGGGAGAGCCUUUCUGGGUCUUGGCACAAGCACAUAUGUUUGUUAAGCUCAAGGUACUUGCCGAGAGCAUGUCGGUCAUCCUCAGGAGUGUCCUGACGGCUUUUCUUGUCCUGUGGUUGCCUCACUGGGGUCUGUACAUCUUUUCUUUGGCUCAGCUUCUUUACACAGCUGUUCUGGUGCUCUGCUAUGUGAUCUACUUAAUAAAAUUACUGCGCUCCCCAGAAUCAACCAAGCAACUGGCUUUUCCUGUCUCCAAAGUAACACAACUGUUGCCCAGUAUUUCAAGAAACAGAGCAUUUGUCAAUUGGAAGGAGGCUAGAUUGACUUGGAGCUUUUUCAAACAGUCAUUCUUGAAACAGAUUUUGACAGAAGGCGAGCGAUACGUGAUGACAUUUUUGAAUGUAUUAAACUUUGGCGAUCAGGGUAUAUAUGAUAUAGUGAAUAACCUUGGCUCCCUUGUGGCCAGGCUAAUCUUCCAGCCAAUAGAGGAGAGUUUUUAUAUAUUCUUUGCUAAAGUGCUAGAGAGGGAGAAGGACGCCUCGCUUCAGAAACAGGACGAUGUUGCUGUGGCUGCUGUGGUUUUGGAGUCCCUCCUCAAGCUGGCCUUGGUGACUGGAUUGACCAUCACUGUUUUUGGCUUUGCCUAUUCUCAGCUGGCUUUAGACAUCUAUGGAGGAGCCAUGCUUAGUUCAGGAUCUGGUCCUGUGUUGAUGCGUUGCUAUUGCAUCUAUGUCCUCCUGCUUGCUAUCAAUGGUGUGACCGAGUGUUUCACGUUUGCUGCCAUGAGCAAAGAGGAGGUUGACAGGUACAAUUUCACCAUGCUGGCACUGUCGUCCUCGUUUUUAGUCUUAUCCUACCUGCUGACCAGUUGGUGUGGCAGUGUGGGCUUCAUCAUGGCCAACUGCUUUAACAUGGGCAUCCGGAUCGCACAGAGCCUUUCCUUCAUCCAUCACUACUUCCAAGAGAGCCCCCACAGACCCCUAGCUGGCCUGCGCCUGUCACCAGUUCUUCUUGGGGUGUUCGUCUUCAGUGCUGGGAUUACUAGUGUCUCAGAGGCAUUCCUCUGCUGUGAGCGGGGCUGGCCGCCUAGGCUGGCACACAUUGCUGUGGGGACCAUCUGCUUAGGAGUGACUCUUGGGACAGCAUUCCUCACAGAGACCAAGCUGAUCCACUUUCUCAGAACUCAGUUGGGUAGAUCCAGACUCAGUGACAAAAUGACAUGACUUUGAUGUUGCUUUGACACUUUUGGUACCUGGACCCAGCUUGGAGCAAUUCUUGGACAUGCAUUGCUGUGUGGAAAGCCCUGCUGUGGAAUCAGAAUCACCCUGGAGGCGAGACUGCAGAGGAGAAAUCGUCCAGUCCAAGGCUUCCAACUAAAGGAGGAAUGUCCUUUUAAGUGAAGACCAAAAGCCCUUUUUGUUAAUGAAUUAAUUCCCUUGGAGUAUGAUUGACCUUUGAAGUUACAUCUUUAACAAACGCUCUUAGAUGAUAAUAUUUAACCAUUGUUUGGCCAAGAAAAGGCAAUGUAGCCAUUGACCUGC